AUUAUUAUCAAUAUUACUGUUGUGUACAUUUUGUGUACAACUGCACGGAUUUUUUUUUUCGAAUACUUCAAUAAUCAUUGGGAUAACAUAAUUUUCAUCAAAUAAUAGCAUACUUUUGGCUGAUCAGUAUACAAACUGUCCCAGUUUCCAUGUUAACUCAUACAGAAUCAAUAAUCAGUCCGUUGAUUUGUCAUAAUUACAGUCUGUUUAAUAAACAAACCCAUAUGUACCAUCAGCCCAACAUAUCGGAUUGUUCAAUUUUGCACAGUGCCGAAUUAUCCGCUUGUACAACUAUGCAUAAACAAAACAACAACAACAGUGACAGUACAACUAGCAUUACUACUAAUCUUAUUGAAAAUUCCGAUCAAAAUAGUUUCUAUCUCGCAACUAAGCCGAAUUACACAUUGACUACAGAAAUAGCUGGGCUACGAACAGACUCAUUAAAGCACAUUGGUCAGUCUUUUGAUUUGAUAACCAAACAAUUGAAUAUUGACAGUAAUACCAAUACCAAUACUAAUCAUCAUCAUCAUCAUCAACAUCAUCAUGAUCAAAAUAAUGAAUCCCAAUAUUAUCGGUCAAUGCAGUAUUUGAAUUCAUGCCUACUUAAAUCAUUACAAUUGAAUUUUACAUCGUCAUCCAAUGAAGUAAAUCACGGCGGCAAUGAUCAAAACAAUACAAUAAACGAUUUAAUCUCAACAGAUUACAACACAACAAAUAAACUAACAAGACUGAAAACUCAUGAAACCACACACAAUGAUAACCACUUGUCAACAUCAACCAAUCCACCAGUCAAUACAUCGACAUCUCUGUCAACAACAACAACAACAACAACCAUCUCAUCAUCAUUACCUGUGGUGUCACUUGCAUCAGCCAGCAGCAGCAGCAGCAGCAGUACACAAUCAUCAUUGUAUCAUCAUCAUCAUCAUCAUCAUGUAACAAAAAAUGGGAUUCAAUGUCCAAUGAAUAAUGAUUUAGUCGCUUAUCAUAAACAAGGAAACUAUGACACACUGAAUAAACUGGAAACAGUGAAUGAAUCAGUUAAUGAAUGUCAGAAUUCACUUACAGAAGAUCUUUCACUAAUGUUAAAUUUCCCUGACUCGAUUUCCGAUGGUAAUCAAUCGUCGUCAAAUCAUUCAUUGAAUCAUAACCAUAAUAUUUUACAACAAACUGAUGAAUUAAAAACCAGCUUAACUUACACAAUCGAUCGUAUUUUGUUGUCGGAACAACAAGAAUCACCGAGCGCGGAUUCAUUGUUAAGUGUAUCGAAUCAUUUAACAAAUACACUGACAGAUUCACACAAUCAGAAUACUACAAAUCAAUUUCAUUCUGAUAAGUUGGAUAAUGGAAAUCAAAGUUUGGUGAAUAAUGAAUGGUUUUCUACUGAUCAAUUUAUGAUUAGUUCUUAUUCUGUUAAUAAUUCUAAGCCAACAACAACAACAACUUCAUCAUCAUCAUCAUCUUUAUUACCUGAACUUUCUUCUUCGUCUUCUACAUCAUGCUCACAAAAUGGAUUUCAAUUUUGGUUUGAUAUAUUUUAUAAAUUAUGGCUAGAACAAUUGAAUCAUGUUCAAUCAAAACCCAUUGAUUUCAGUCAGUCAAUGUCAGACAAGAGGAGUUCAGAGAAAUCAGAUGAACUUCAGAUGAAGUCAUUUCCAUUUGGUAAUACUAAUGUGGAUAACGGUUGUGAGACAAGAGCUGAUCAUUUUCUGUUUAAUUCCUCAGCACAUCCCUCAGUGAAUACAUCGAUUAAUAGUCGAACAUUAGAAAAUUUUACAGAAAAUCUCUUUAUACUACCAUCUCAUAUGAAAGAGAAUUCUUAUCAUCGAUCAGAUUCAUUAUCGUUAACUACUAAUUCUACAUUGUCCCCACAAUCAUGUUGUGUGACAAAUGAUGUCUGCAGUAAUAAAUUUCAACAAAACGAUCAUUUGAAUGGUGACUCUGAGCACAAACAACAACAACAACAACCUUUGUAUGGACUGUAUGAAGAUUGUGCAAAAAAUCUACAUACAGUCCAUUCUAAUGGCCUGAAAAAAGUUUCUCAAUCAGUUUCGCAACCUUCUCAGUCAACAACAAAUCACAGUCCGAAUAAAGAUGAAUAUGAUUAUUCACAUAAUUUAUUUUCAUCGUUUCAUCAAAUGAAUAAAAUUACAACUCCUUGCAGUAACCCUUUGAUGACAAUAUUAACCCCUUGUACGAAGCAAUUAAAUGAACACCAGUAUAACUGUUAUCCAUUACCACCUUCUUCCACUCACUCUCUUCCUUCGCAAUCAAUACCAUCAACCGAAUACUCAAAAUAUUCAGCAAAUAUUGCACACAAAUCGUCGCUUCUAUCAAAUUAUCGAUUACAUUCAAACUAUUCAAGGCUACGUGGGAAAUCCAUGAUCACUGGUAACAAUAUUUCAAGUGAUAACUUACAACAACGUGGCUAUCGAGCUUUACCAUUCCCGCUGACAAAACGUGAUGGUCGUAUGCAUUAUGAAUGUAAUAUAUGUCGUAAAACAUUUGGCCAAUUAUCUAAUUUAAAAGUGCAUUUACGUACACAUACAGGUGAAAGACCAUUUCGUUGUGAUACAUGUCAUAAAGGUUUUACUCAAUUGGCUCAUUUACAAAAGCAUAAUUUAGUGCAUACCGGUGAAAAACCACAUCAAUGUACAGUAUGUGGUAAACGUUUUAGUAGUACAAGUAAUUUGAAAACACAUUUACGAUUGCAUAGUGGUGAGAAACCAUUUGCAUGUAAAUUAUGUACAGCGAAAUUUAGUCAAUUUAUUCAUUUGAAAUUACAUCGACGUUUGCAUGCCAACGAAAGACCAUUUAUCUGUCCAAGAUGUCAUCAUAAAUUUCUCGAUUCCAAAGGGUUGAAACAACACUGGCGACGAGGAAUUUGUUAUUCAUGUGAAGAAUUACCUCCAGGUAAUUGGAGUGAUAUGGAUGGUGAGGAGGAUACUGUUGAAAUGCAAGUCAGAAAAGCGCCUUCUUCAGUAAGUCCUAGUAAUAAUCAUCGGCAACAGAAACACAAACGUUCAAACAGAAUUUGUGAUGCAAACACUACGGAUGGUAGUGAUACUAAUCAAAUUACUUCUAGUACAACGGAUAAAGCAAUCAAUAAAAGACGCCAUUUUUCUACAAAUAUAAUUCCAAUGUAUAUAACACCAUAAAGAGGAGAGUGAGAAUUUGGACGCUCAGUGUCUACGAGUGGUGCUUAUAGGGAAGAUGAUCGUGGAUGAAUACUUCAAAAAAAACAGAUUGUUAAUUUACACCAACAUUUCAAAGCAUACUGGUACACCCUUUUCAAAUUAUGGCUGUGUGUAACAUAAUGUGACCCUUAUUAUAUUUUCAAUGCUUGAACAGAAAAUUUAAACUUUUCCCAAUUUUUUCCAAAUAUAUUCAAUAGGUAAACAUCUAUCCUGUAUAUUGUUGUUCAAAUGUGCACAAACGUGUGCGUUCAGUGUAUCAUAAACGGAGUGAAAUAUAUAUCGUUC